CAUUAUUAUGCGACCAAUUCUCAGAUACCCGGCCCUUACUUCAGUCCUGUGCCCAACGGAACGCCUAUUGCUAUGACUUCUCACAAAGAGAUGAACAAAAUGAGAGCCUCGGGUCCGGGUGUAGGCGCCGGCAAGUCCUCCAAAUCCAAUCAUAACCAUAACGACAUCAGACAACCAUUUUAUCCGCCUUCCAAUCCAUAUCCAGAGGUUCCGCAACUGAUUGAUCCAAACCGAGCGCCGGUGACCGACGGAAUGGGUCCCCAAAUGUUUACUCCGGGAUACCCGGGAUUUCUGCCACACGGGAGUCCAUUCCCGCCGCCACCCAUGUAUAUCAUCGCCACACCUGAAGGUUCUUUCAUCACAUAUGGCGUCCAAAUGGCCACUCCUGGAGUUCAAAUGCCUCGACCUUCGAGCCCACACACUGUUCCUAACGUCGACUCAGACUCAGCCAACGCGUGUAAAGUGCCUUCAAAUGAUGGUAACGGUUCCAACUGUUCCAAUGAGCCUCUCGAUGAAGAUAUUAAUGAUGUGAGCGAUGAGCCCAUCGACGAACUUGCGCUCGAAUCCAAUGAUUACAACGAAGACAAUGAGAUGAAUGAUACGGAAACUCAUAAUCAUAUAAAUAAUGAGACAAACGUUGAAUUUAGUGAAACUGACGUGAAUUGUGUGAAUCCUGUGAGUGAACCGGAGAUUAAUGUGAUUGUCAAAGACGUGACAAACACUACAAGUGCUGCCAUUUCGACGCAAACUACUAGUUCAACGACAGCGGCCGCACCAGUGGUCUGGGGCUCCAGU